UCACCUGCUGGAUUCACACAGUUACACCAAUACCGAUAAUUCAAACAUGUUUACCACAGUAAACAUAAAUCAAAUUGUACAAUAUCUACUUUGACGCACCUUUUUCUGCUGAAUAGCAAGUUUAAGUAGGCCUGUUUUAAGGUGACUGUUUCGCUUUGCUGCUGCUCCUUGAAGUGUAUUUAAUAAGUUUUGUGUAAAUAUAGAUUAUAGAUCAUUUUUAUGUUUGAUUUGAAAGGAGCUUGUUCACUGCAUUAUACUGUCUAAUAAAUGUGAUGACUGGAAUCUAUUUUCUUGUCAUUAAAACAGAUUUAAAAGUUUCUCUUGUUCAUUUGUCAGUUCUAUUUAAAGCAGACUUCCCCUGUGUAUCCUCAUGACGCACAUUACUUAACUCUACACCGCUAUGGUAUUUAAAAACACCUAACAUCUAGACUGGCUACUUCCUGCGUUAACUUCCUGUCCUCACUCAGAUCGACCGUGCAGCUUUUUUCUUCUCUUCACCUCAUUCUCAGUCCUGCACACAGAAACUUUUGAAAAGGGACUACUGAGCAUAAGCUAUUUAUCCAACCUCAGCAAAUAAACCCUCAAUAUCCACUCCUAUUUCUAUUUACUUGGGGUUACCUCAAUUACCUCAUUGUCACUGUUGAUAUUUUUUUUACUUAACGAGACUAAUUGACAGUAAACAAAAACUUGUUGAAACACUUAUGAAACCGCAAUGACACAAUAAAAUUAAACCAGCAAACCAAAUUGAGGCUUUAUGAGCCCUCAUGGUAAGUUAUUUCUGAUCUGUCUAAGCUGCUCUGCACAAAUGAUAUCCAGAUUUCUCCAGCUAUGGAAACCUCACGCUGAAACCAGUAACUAAUUAUCUGAAGGUGAUGCGUAAACAUUAAUAUUCACAUUUAUUUUUAAGAUAAUAUAAUUAAAUCAAUAAUAAUACUGCUGAGGAGGAUUACAGUGAGCAGGUUGGGGUGUAGUGGGAGCAUGCAUGCUCAUGUAGAGCCUUAUAUGCCAUACGCAGGAUUUUAAAGUGAACUCUAUGGGCAACUGGUAGCCAGUAAAGAUGCGUCCGCAAGGGUGUUAUGUGGCUUGUGGAGCUCUGUCCUCUUGCUAUUUAGUUUUUUCAGGUAGUCAUUUGUCAUCCACAGAUUGAUAUCAUGAAGAUAGGUCAUGAUCGCAGCUGGAGGAAGUAAGGCAGUAGGUUUGGUAGACAUAUAAAGUUGGGUGUCAUCAGCAUAACGGUGAAACUGAACACCAUGUUGCCUGAGGAUACUUCCAAUUCGGAGGAGAUGGGAAAAAGUCCUGUCGAAAAUAAAAUGAAAUUUAGUUUUUGAGCCUCCUCAGGCAAAGUUACAUUUGAUGCUUCAUUUAAUUUGAAAGAGAAAUAAAUAAAUAAAGCAGAAAUAAAGCAUGUCACCCUGACUGAGUUAGUCAUAAGUCACCCACAGAGUCUUAACUUGAAGGUCAUGUCUUGUGCUUCCUUUUUAAGACACGUAGCGAUCAGCUCAUACACUUAUAAGGUAUUCUGUGUAUUUUGGGGAUUAGGUAGCAAAAGGCGUGCACCACUGAUGAUCUUCCUCUCAUAAGUAUAGUUGUGUACUGAGAGGCAGCACUGUUCAGACUCUGCGAUCAUGGAUCAGUGGAUACUCUGGCUUCUUCUGCUUCUGCCACUGGGUUUGUGCAUCGACUCUGAAGUCACUCUUGUGAAAACCAUUGGCGGAGGACCAGACAUCACUCCGGUAUGCACCAAAGAAGCACUGAGUAACUUCGAAGUCUUGUGUAAGAUCAGCACAGAGAGGACAAGAGGGAAAAACUGUCGCCUGAGGUAUCAACAUGAAUGGGGCGUCGUGAACAUAUGUGACUCCAGGUUCACGCUCACAACCAAGAAUCAGACAGUUUUUCUCCACCUGACCAGUUUAACACCAGGGGAUAGUGGGAACUACACCUGUGAGUGUUCACAUACUAAGGGAAGACAUGUUCUCCACCUCAGUGUCACAGUAGAAGUGCAGUCGAGCAGCAGUCUUUCCUGGAUAUCCAUCAUUGUGAUCUGUGUGCCUGGAGUUAUCCUUGGACUCAUCCUGAGAAGAAAACGCUGCAAAGGUGAUACGAGGUCAGAAGAGUUCUCUGCCUGUGAAAUCCCCGGUUCUUUCGACCAAGAUGAUCCAGAUGACCUCUAUGAUAGUCUUGAGCAACCUGCAAGUGAUGUCUACGAGAGCUUCUCAACACAUAUUGAAGAUGACGGCAAGAAAAAUUCAGCCAGCGACAAUAUAGAGACAGCUGAUUUAAAACAGGAAGUGGAUGAAAAGACAGAUGAAGAGUGGGAAAUCUAUGAAAACAUUUGAAACGUUUUCGGCUUUUUGAGACAAUAGAGUUUCAGUUUUUGCACUGCUUGUUAGAACUGAAACUUUUUUAUGAGCAAACGAGGCAACGUGGCUGUGAUUUGGACGAGUUCCACUAAUGACAAUAACUAGCAGAGGUCAACAAAGUCUAACAACUUAAAGAGUUGGAAAUGCUGUACUUUGCUGCCCUCUGUGGGUGAAAAGGAGUCUUUAACACAUAUAAUGUUUGACCUUUUUUCAUCCUCAUUAUUAAAAAAUAAAAUAAAAAUAGAGACAAUGUGUGUCUUAUGAAUUAUGUCUUAUAUAAACUUAUUUUCUAAAGACUCCUGAUACUUGAAUUGUUGGGAACAGGUACUGAACUGUACAAUCAUUAUUCUAUAAAAUACAUUCUGCAAAAAUGCACUCAUGCAAGACUUCUUUCGUUGCUGUAUGACCACAAAAAUGUUCUUCUACUCACUCUAAAUGUAGUCACCAUGUGACAUGGUAUCUGUUUGUUAAGCGUUCACUGGCUGUGGUCAAACUGGCCUACAUUUGUAACCAACAGACCUUUUCCACAGCAGCCAUUUUGACGCCUCCACUUAUGGCAGCAGCAUGAACCUUAAUUAGUAUCAGUGGUAACAGAGGGAAAUCGGUGUAGUUUGUUCCCUUUCAGUUGAUUGAUUUAUGACAGAAAGAUGAAUUAAAACUACACUCAGAUAUGCACCAAUGCAUCUCAAUUAUAGUUUGUAUUUUUAACUUUUUAACUCGUUCUUGUGCAUUUCAACACGUUAUUGGUUGGUUGAGGUGCAUAAAUACAUCAAAUGUUCUACAUCUGCCAGCCAAGCUGCUUUGCUUCUUUAUCCUUGAGCUAUUUCACUGCCAACUGGCCUGUCAUUGGGGUGGUUGCUGAAAGCUCUAUAGCAGCACUUCCUUUUUACUUUCUGAGAACUAAGA